AUGGAUACCCACAUCCAGCGCGCUUUGAAUGACAAGUUCUACGAUAAGCGAAAGAUCGGAGCUCUCGAGCUUGAGAGAAUCAUUCGCGAUCUGGUUGUAACAAAGGAUUACCAGAAGGUUUACGACAUUCUUGAUCAGCUAUGCGACGACUAUGCCUAUGCUGUUCAUCAGCCGCACGCCAGGAAUGGCGGAUUGAUUGGUUUGGCAGCUGCAGCCAUUGCAUUAGGACCUGAGCUGCCUCGUUAUUUGGCCAGGAUUGUCCCUCCAGUGCUUGCCUGUUUCACCGAUCAGGAUGCUAGGGUUCGCUACUACGCCUGCGAGGCUAUGUACAAUAUUGCCAAGGUUGCCAAAGGUGAGAUCUUGCUUGGCGCAGACUCGGAGCUGUCGGUCAAGAACGGUGCAGAACUUCUGGACCGCCUCAUCAAGGAUAUCGUCUCCGAAGCUGCCGCAUCGUACAUCUCAGUUCUUGAAGGUGCACCAGAGUUCCAGGGCGACGACAAAGAUCAAAUAGAUGACAGUGAACAACUUCUACCUACCGCCUUCUCACUCCCAAGAUUCAUUCCGCUUUUGAAGGAUCGGAUUUGGGUUAUUAAUCCUUUCACUCGAAACUUCCUCGUCGGUUGGCUUACUCUGCUGGAUUCUAUUCCAGACCUGGAGCUGGUCACUUACCUGCCGGAAUUCCUCGCUGGCCUACUUAAAUUCUUGGGUGAUCAGAAUGCCGACGUACGAGCCUCCACGCAAACCUGCCUUGAUAAGUUCCUCAGCGAAAUUAAACGAAUCGCUCGGGUGAAGAAGGGCAUCACCGAGUCUCGGAAGCAGAGGGAAGGCGGCAAGCGCAAACGUGAGGAGUCCGCUGAUAGUGAAAGCGGCCACGUCGGCCUCGAGGAGGGUGACGAGAUCGACUCCGAGAUGGCCCCCGACGACGAACUGGAUGACCUAGACGAAGAUUGGAUCCCCGGCCAAGAUGUUGAGAUCAACUACUCCUCGAUCCUCGAAAUCCUGACGUCCACCCUUGACUCUCCCAAUGAGGAAGAUUGCCUUUUGGAGUCUCUUCGCUGGAUUGUCGAGUUUCUGGAUAUUUGCCCGGAAGAAGUACUACCUUUCACACCCAAGAUUCUGGCGCACAUGCUCCCGGCAAUGGCUAGCUCCAAUGAGACAAUUCGACAGGCGGCUACGCGAGUGAACACUUGCUUCAUGGACUAUGUUGUGUCACUGUCAGACGAAUCUAUCCUGAAGCCCCAAACCCCUGGCCAAUCUCAGGCACAGUCGACUUCUCGCCUCCCACUCCCUGGUGACAAACAGGAAGGGACAUCCAGUCAGCGCGUUUCGAUUUCUAGCUCUCGGGACCUCAGCAUACGUAGUCCCACGCCCGGGCAGCAGACACUUCAUCAACGCACGCUCUCAAAUCCAGUUAUCAAUGAAACUCCACAACCAGCCGCAGACCUUGACUAUGUGGCUGCUGUUAAUUCGUUGACCCUCUUAUUUCUCAAUGAUCACGAGGCAACCCGUGUUGCAGCGCUCACCUGGCUCAUUAUGCUACACAGAAAAGCCCCGAGGAAAGUGUUGGCGUUCAACGAUGGGACAUUCCCGGCUUUACUCAAAACACUGUCUGACCCCUCCGAUGCCGUCGUAACCAAGGACCUGCAACUACUGUCUCAAAUAUCCAGAAAUAGCGAGGAUGAUUAUUUUGCCAACUUCAUGGUCAACCUUCUCCAACUCUUCUCUACCGAUAGAAAGCUGCUAGAGACGAGGGGUAAUCUCAUCAUUCGGCAACUAUGUAUCAGUCUUAGCCCUGAACGGAUAUACCGAACCCUGGCGGAUUGUAUAGAGAAGGAAGAGGACGUCGAAUUUGCCAGCAUCAUGGUACAGAACCUCAACAACAAUCUCAUCACAGCUCCGCAACUAGCGGAUGUCAGGAAGCGGCUACGGAAUCUAGAAACAAGGGAUGGGCAAACACUGUUUGUGGCCCUCUUCAGGUCAUGGUGCUAUAACGCUGUGGCCACCUUCUCCCUGUGUUUGCUUGCUCAAGCAUAUGAACAGGCGUACAACCUUCUACAGAUCUUUGGCGAGCUGGACAUGACAGUCAACAUACUCAUUCAAGUUGACAAGCUUGUGCAACUGAUAGAGUCGCCUGUCUUCACUUACCUACGACUUCAACUCCUGGAACCUGAUAAACACCCAUACCUGUACAAAUGCAUGUACGGCAUUCUGAUGCUGUUACCGCAGUCGUCGGCUUUUGCAGCAUUGAAAAACCGGCUGAACAGUGUCAGUUCUAUCGGUUAUUUACAUGUCGCACCAAAAAGUACGGCAUCAUCUACCAGUAAUUCCAACUAUGAUAGGCCAAAUCGCCUAAAAGGCCGUGAGGACAGCGGCAUUCGGUGGGUGGAGCUUCUGGAGAAGUUCAGAAGUGUUCAGGAGAGGGCCAGGAGAGCACAACGACACGGAGUAGAUGGCGACGACGGCCCUUCAGUUGGUGUUAGCGAGCUCCGGAUAGGUGACGGCACACUUGAUGCAAGGGGUAAGGAUGGACGAGUCGGUGUCGCUGACCCAAUACCGCCCGCCAAGGAGACUGCCGUAGCAACGCCCCCAGUCCCACCGAAGAAAUCAGGUUUGGGCAGGCAGUUUGGAAGGCUCGGCGGUGCUGUUGCUGGCAGGAACCGGCGUGGUUGA